AUUUAUCCAGUCAGCAUAUGUAUACAAGUUAACGCAGUCUCCAGUACCAAGUGUUUACGUACAUAGUGCGUCACUACGUCUUUAAUCAUGUCAUGGUUAUGACCCCACCCUGUCUGAUGACACACAAAAUAAUAUUACUGCACAAACUGAAGUGAACGUAGACGUGUGUCGUCCGGGAAAAUAACGGGUAGAGGACAAAUGGACGUGCCUCUAUGCGAUUACUCUGCUCCGAACCUUACCAUAUUGAGAACAAGAAUGGGGAUCGCCCGAUUCAUUUCAGUUGGAACCGUGCUCAUCCUUAUGACACUGAUAGACGAAGCCUUGCUGAUAGAAGGUGGGUUGGCUACCCUUUCUAUGUUGGCCACUUGACAACUGUCAACUCAGAACUUCCUUUAAUCGGUAGUUGUCUUGGUCACACAUUUUACAUUCACAGGGACCAGCUUCCACUAGUCCCGACUCGUAGUUACUGUCAGGUAAUAGACUAAUGAAUUCUACUGCCAGUCAAUUGUAAUGUUAAGAGUCCCACAUUGAUGGCAGUAAUAUGGCAGUGAACACAGUAAAUACGUUACGUGAAAAUGAUUUAUAUAAGACUGCAGUCAUUUUCUGAUUAGAGCGGAAUACAUGUUCCAUAUAUGUGGCACAGAGUUCAUUGUGUCUAAAAUUCUUGAUCUUACUACUGGAUGCCCAAUAGCAGACUACGUUAGUUUUGACGGAGUUGGCUAUAAGGACUACCAUUCGUUGAUGACGUACAAUGAGGCAAGAGAGAGAUGCGCGGUAGACGGUGGACUGUUAGCCAUGCCGAAAGACAGUGCGACCAAUACUUUCCUCUCGGGUUUGAGGAACGACAGGCGCUGGCUUGGAUUCACUGACGUCAUCAGCGAAAACCAAUGGAUGCUUGAGGAUGGGAGGACCCUGACGUCAUCAGUCUAUUCAAACUGGGGCCCAAGUGAACCGGAUGGUGGCGUUAUAGAAAACUGCGCUUCCUACCCAGGGACUCAAUACGGGUCAGUAUGGAUUGAUAUAGAAUGCAGCCGCGAAAUUGGAUUCAUCUGUCAAGCUGCCCAGUGCCCUUCACUAGCAGCUCCUACGAAUGGUAACGUCACUUCAGUAAGCCUGUACAUGUAUUUGGACGAAGUACGGUUCAGCUGUGACGUAGGUUACGUCAUGUCCGGCAGUUCCACCGUAACCUGCCAGGCGGAUGGCACAUGGACUGGGGACGCUCCAACUUGCGUAGUGAAUGGGACAUGGACCCAGUGGGGCCGUUGGAGUGGCUGUGAUUCACAGUGCGGGUUUGGGACCAAGACAAGGAGUCGUGUGUGUAUGACGUGUUUACCUGAGUUGUAUGGGAGCUGUCCUGGACAGGUACAAGAGACGGUGCUUUGUUACGACACGAGCCGUUGUUAUGACGGUGGUGCGGAUGGAGCAAACUUUAAGAAGAACUUUACGUUGCUUCUUCAAUAUACAUCACACGAGUGGGAUUCCUGUCAGAGGAACACGGAGUAA